GCCGCCCCGCGGGCGCCCUCCCGCUCCUGCUCCUGCUGCCGCUGCUCCCAGGCGGCCACGCGGGCAACCUGACCGUGGCCGUGGUGCUGCCGCUGGCCAACACCUCGUACCCGUGGUCGUGGGCGCGCGUGGGGCCGGCCGUGGAGCUGGCCCUGGCCGGGGUGAGAGCGCGGCCCGACUUGCUGCCGGGCUGGACAGUGCGCACGGUGCUGGGCAGCAGCGAGAACGCGCUGGGCGUCUGCUCCGACACCGCCGCGCCCCUGGCCGCGGUGGACCUCAAGUGGGAGCACAGCCCCGCCGUGUUCCUCGGCCCCGGCUGCGUGUACGCCGCCGCCCCGGUGGGGCGCUUCACGGCGCACUGGCGGGUGCCGCUGCUGACCGCCGGCGCCCCGGCGCUGGGCUUCGGCGCCAAGGACGAGUACGCGCUGACCACCCGCGCCGGGCCCAGCCACGCCAAGCUGGGCGACUUGGUGGCGGCGCUGCACCGACGGCUGGGCUGGGAGCGCCAGGCGCUCGUGCUCUACGCCUACCGGCCCGGCGACGACCAGCCCUGCUUCUUCGUGGUGGAGGGGCUGUACAUGCGCGUGCGGGACCGCCUCAACAUCACGGUGGACCACCUGGAGUUCGCCGAGGGCGACCUCGACCACUACGCCCUGCUGCUGCGGACCGUGAGGCGCAAAGGCCGAGUUAUCUACAUAUGCAGCUCCCCAGAUGCCUUCCGAACUCUGAUGCUUUUGGCCAUGGAAGCUGGUCUAAGUGGGGAGGACUAUGUGUUCUUCCACCUGGACCUCUUUGGACAAAGCCUGCAAGGUGCACAUGGCCUUGCUCCCCACAGGCCCUGGGAGAGAGGAGAUGGGCAGGAUAUUAGUGCCCACCAGGCCUUUCAGGCUGCCAAAAUCAUUACAUAUAAAGAGCCGGAUAAUCCUGAGUACUUGGAAUUCCUGCAGCAGCUAAAACACUUGGCCCAUGAGCAGUUCAACUUCACCAUGGAGGAUGGCCUGGUGAACACCAUCCCAGCAUCCUUCCACGAUGGGCUCCUGCUCUAUGUACAGGCAGUGACAGAGACUCUGGCACGUGGGGGAACUGUCACGGAUGGGGAGGCCAUCACUCAGCGGAUGUGGAACCGAAGCUUCCAAGGUGUGACAGGAUACCUGAAAAUGGACAGCAAUGGAGAUCGGGAGACUGACUUCUCCCUCUGGGAUAUGCAUCCUGAGACUGGCACUUUCAGGGUUGUUCUGAACUACAAUGGGACUUCCCAGGAGCUGGUGGCCAUGCCAGGGUGCAAACUGAACUGGCCCCUGGGGUACCCACCUCCUGACAUCCCCAAAUGCGGCUUUGACAACGAGGACCCAGCUUGCAACCAAGAUCACUUUUCUUCCCUGGAAGUGCUGGCUUUGGUGGGGAGCCUCUCCCUGCUCAGCAUUCUGACUGCCUCCUUCUUCAUAUGCAGGAAGAUGCAGCUGGAGAAGGAACUGGCCUCAGAACUGUGGCGGGUGCGCUGGGAGGACGUGCAGCCCAGUAGCCUUGAGAGGCACCUCCGGAGUGCAGGCAGCCGGCUGACCCUGAGUGGGAGAGGCUCCAAUUAUGGCUCCCUGCUAACCACAGAGGGCCAGUUCCAAGUGUUUGCCAAGACAGCAUAUUAUAAGGGCAACCUUGUGGCUGUGAAACGUGUGAAUCGUAAGCGCAUUGAGCUGACACGAAAAGUCCUGUUUGAACUGAAGCAUAUGCGGGAUGUACAGAAUGAACACCUGACCAGGUUUGUAGGUGCCUGCACUGACCCCCCCAACAUCUGUAUCCUCACAGAGUACUGUCCCCGUGGGAGCUUGCAGGACAUUCUGGAGAAUGAGAGCAUCACCUUAGACUGGAUGUUCCGGUACUCUCUCACCAAUGACAUUGUCAAGGGUAUGCUGUUCCUACACAAUGGGGCCAUUUGCUCCCAUGGCAACCUCAAAUCAUCCAACUGCGUGGUAGACGGGCGCUUUGUGCUCAAGAUCACCGACUUUGGCCUGGAAAGCUUCAGGGACCCGGAACCAGAGCAAGGCCACACACUCUAUGCCAAAAAGCUGUGGACAGCCCCUGAGCUCCUGCGAAUGGCCUCACCCCCUGCCCGGGGCUCCCAGGCAGGUGACGUGUACAGCUUUGGGAUCAUCCUUCAGGAGAUUGCCCUAAGGCGCGGUGUCUUCCAUGUGGAAGGUUUGGACCUCAGCCCCAAAGAGAUCGUGGAGCGUGUGACUCGGGGGGCGCAGCCCCCCUUCCGGCCCUCCCUGGCCCUGCAGAGUCACCUGGAGGAGCUGGGGCAGCUGAUGCAGCGGUGCUGGGCCGAGGAGCCGCAGGAGCGGCCGCCCUUCCAGCAGAUUCGCCUGAUGCUGCGCAAGUUCAACAGCAUUGCCCCGCCCACCCGCCCCUCCUCUGAAGUGGUGCAGAACCAGUGGAGCUCCCUGCCUCCCAACCCUCCACAGGGGCUCUCACCCCAGCCCUUGGACGUCCCUGCCGCAUUUUCUUCCUUCCUCAUUUCCCAGGUAUGCAAAGGCCCCCCCCAGCAUGAGGAAAUCUGCCUGGGCCUCUUCACCCUUGUCCUUACUGAACCUGCCCAAGCCCAGAAGUGUUACCGGGACUUGGCUCUGGUGAGUCGUGACGGCAUGAAUAUUGUCCUGAAUAAGAUCAACCAGAUACUCAUGGAGAAGUACCUGAAGUUGCAGGAUACCUGCCGUACUCAGUUGGUGUGGUUGGUACGGGAACUAGUGAAGAGUGGGGUUCUGGGAGCCGACGGUGUUUGCAUGACAUUCAUGAAGCAGAUUGCUGGUGGAGAUGUUACUGCAAAAAAUAUCUGGUUGGCAGAGAGUGUCCUGGAUAUCUUGACGGAGCAGAGGGAGUGGGUGCUGAAGAGCAGCAUCCUCAUUGCCAUGGCUGUUUACACAUACCUCCGCCUCAUCGUCGACCACCACGGGACUGCCCAGCUCCAGGCCCUGCGGCAGAAGGAGGUGGACUUUUGCAUGUCCCUGCUUCGGGAACGGUUCAUGGAAUGUUUAAUGAUUGGCCGGGACCUUGUAAGACUACUUCAGAAUGUUGCUAGGAUACCAGAAUUUGAACUGCUUUGGAAAGAUAUUAUCCAUAACCCUCAGGCCUUAAGUCCUCAGUUCACAGGUAAAAUUGCCCUGCAAGUUGUGGAAGGUUGUGAGGACACGAUGUCUGUCCUUCCAGGGUCUGUAAUCCACCUGUCCCCCAAGUUAGGCAUGUUAGGUCACAGGAAACCAUCAAAUGCCUUGUCUCUUUCCUCCCAAGUCAAACUUGAGGAGCCGGUUUCCGUGGAGAUGGACAACCACAUGUCAGACAAAGAUGAGGCUUGCUAUGACAACGCAGAGGCAGCCUUCAGUGAUGAUGAGGAGGACCUCAGCAGCAGAGGAAAGAAGAGAGAGUUUCGCUUCCACCCUAUCAAGGAGACAGUUGUGGAGGAGCCAGUCGAUAUCACCCCUUACCUUGACCAACUGGAUGAGUCCCUAAGGGACAAAGUGCUUCAGCUCCAGAAGGGGAGUGACACUGAGGCCCAGUGUGAGGUCAUGCAGGAAAUCGUGGACCAGGUCCUAGAGGAAGACUUUGACUCGGAGCAGCUGUCUGUCCUUGCUUCCUGCCUACAGGAGCUCUUCAAGGCCCACUUUCGAGGGGAGGUGUUGCCUGAGGAGAUCACCGAGGAGUCCCUGGAGGAGUCUGUGGGAAAGCCUCUCUACCUAAUAUUUAGGAACUUGUGCCAAAUGCAGGAAGACAACAGCAGCUUCUCUCUGCUUCUGGAUCUUCUCUCUGAGCUGUACCAAAAACAGCCCAAGAUCGGCUACCACCUGCUGUACUACCUGAGGGCCAGCAAAGCCGCUGCUGGGAAGAUGAACCUGUACGAGUCAUUUGCCCAGGCCACGCAGCUGGGUGACCUGCACACCUGCUUGAUGAUGGACAUGAAGGCCUGCCAGGAAGACGAUGUGCGGUUGCUGUGCCACCUCACGCCCUCCAUCUACACAGAGUUUCCAGAUGAGACCUUGCGGAGCGGCGAACUGCUGAACAUGAUCGUGGCUGUUAUUGACUCUGCGCAGCUCCAGGAGCUGGUUUGCCACGUGAUGAUGGGGAACCUGGUUAUGUUUCGAAAGGACUCUGUCCUCAACAUACUCAUCCAGAGCCUGGACUGGGAGACCUUUGAGCAGUACUGUGCCUGGCAGCUCUUCCUGGCCCACAACAUCCCCCUGGAGACCAUAAUCCCCAUCCUGCAGCACCUCAAAUACAAAGAGCACCCAGAGGCCCUGUCUUGCCUGCUGCUUCAGCUCCGAAGAGAGAAGCCCAGCGAGGAGAUGGUGAAGAUGGUGUUGAGCAGGCCCUGCCACCCUGACGACCAGUUCACCACCAGCAUCCUGCGGCACUGGUGCAUGAAGCAUGACGAGCUGCUGGCCGAGCACAUCAAGUCCCUGCUCAUCAAGAACAACAGCCUCCCGCGCAAGAGGCAGAGCCUGAGGAGCUCCAGCAGCAAGCUGGCCCAGCUGACUCUGGAGCAGAUCCUGGAGCACUUGGACAACCUGCGCCUCAACCUGACCAACACCAAGCAGAACUUUUUUAGCCAGACCCCAAUUCUCCAGGCUCUGCAGCACGUGCAGGCAAGCUGUGACGAGGCCCACAAGAUGAAGUUCAGCGAUCUCUUCUCCCUGGCUGAGGAAUAUGAAGACUCAUCCACCAAGCCGCCCAAGAGCCGGAGAAAAGCAGCUCUGUCCAGCCCCCGCAGUCGAAAGAAUGCCACACAGCCCCCCAAUGCUGAGGAAGAGUCAGGCUCCAGCAGUGCCUCGGCUUGUGUCCUUCUCUUCCCUGUCACCCCGUCCCCUAAACUCUGA